UCCCCGCAACCACUAGAUUCGGCGAGCCGAACCCGCUCUCUUUCAGUCGGUAUUAUAACUUCUUCCCACGGACCCACUCCUACCUCGUUGGGUACCGAGAGACAGUUUGGAAUACUAUCAUCACGGAUUGAGUACGAUUUUAUCCGGAUGACGACUCCUUCAACAAGAUUUUUGUAAAAGAAAACUGGUCGGAAAUUUCAGAAUAUGUGGACGGGACCUUAAUCAGCAUCCUGGAAGUGGAAAGCACGGAAGAGCUGUGUCCCACACCACAGACAGGUGCAGUGUGUAGCCGGAGCAGCACAGAGGGAGGAAGCUUUGGGGAGGAGGCGGUGCAGCAGCGCACCCCUCCGGCUGUGGAUGUGCUGGGUGGCGACCCUCAGGCUGCGCAAAAUGUGGCAGGGUCAUCCCUGCAGCCGGUCGUCGCUGCGCCUCUCCCACCACUGGAUAACAUGGCCACGUCACAGCCGGAAAGACACGGACACGUCGGUGAAAAUAACACACCCACAGAGACUCACCCCAACGACAACACUAAGGACAGCCUUGAAGAAGGGACAAUGUCAGAUAGUGGUGGUGAGGCUGUUCAAGGAAGAUUGGGCCCGUCGCACCCCAAGGACCCAAGUCUCUCUACAGAGUCCCAUUCAGACAGACUCUAUGACACACCGACAGAUGGAACAGCGCAAUAUUUGCAUUACGUGUCACAAACUGAUAACAGCAGCCACACAGACAGACAAACGAGCGGUACAGAGUGGAGUGCUGCUGGACCUGGUCAGGACCAGGCUCUGCAGCAGGAAGUUGCAGGUGGACUGGUGGUCAUCAGUGGGACAGAAAGGGGCCAGCCUCUCCCAGAGACAGAGAAAUUGGAAUAUAAACAAGAGACUGGAAUCGAGGAACUUUGCGGAGAACACCCAGUUAGAAACCUUCCCUCUGAAUCCUGCUCAACAGUGUCCCCUCUUCCCCUCAGCCCAAAUAAAGAUACAGUCCCAGACCACACCGAAGACAAAGGGAUGGAUCAGCCUCAAACAACUCUGCCUACUCAGGCAGAUCAGGCCAGCCACAUACAUCUGUCUGAAGUCAAAGAGCAAGCAGGUAUUCUCCCAAAUUCUGAGCAGCCUAUCCCCCCAGUGCCCAUCACUGACAACAGUAAGAAGAAACAAACCUACAUCUCCACAGAACCUAAAAUCACACAGAACUCGAAUGAUGACCAAGAAGAGAUACAGGGAGCUAAUGCGGUGGAUCAGGGACCACAAGAAUCUGAGAGAUCUACAGAACCGUCUGAGAGUAGACAUGUCACACUUGGGAGUUCACAAACGCUACUCCCAGACCCACCAACUGACGUAUCCGGGACCCCACAGUCAAGAGAAACAUACUCUGGGCUUGUCCCCUACACGCCCCCUGGCAGUGGUAAUUCCACCCCAGACUACACAACUGACAGACAGGAGAGUGAGAGCGAUAUCCAGAAAAAUCCCCCUCACCCAGCAGAAAAACGGAUUGAGACUAACAGGGCAGAGGAGACUGAAACGGCCAAGCCCUCACCCAACUUUACAAUCCAGUCACAAAGCUCUUUUCUACAAGAGACAACAACAGCAGCAACCUCUCCUCUCCACCACCUCCCCAGUACAGAAAUAGACUUAAUGCAGACAGAACAAUCUGAAGUUCUGAUGUCUAAUCCUGACCACAAAACCAGGAUGGAGACGCUACUGGUCUCUGAGCUUGUGCUCUCAACUGAUGCUCGAGGAGCUGUGAUGCUUGGAGGAGAGACCAGCCUGGAGUUGUCUGAGGAGGUGCAGGUGGAUCAGUGUGUCCUCCUGGAAGAACAUCUUGUCAGUGGCGAUACUGCUGUUAUUGAAUUAAACUCUGAACCUUCUGACAGAGAACCAACGUCGUUUAUUGAAGGGACCCAUUCGGAUAUCGAAAUGGCCCCACUGGCUGCGGGAGAAUUUGAGAUUUAUAGCUUUGUGGAGGAGGAGAUUGCGAUAGAAGUUGUUGGAGAGAGACCGUCUCUCUCCCCGAACUACGAAGUAAACUUAUUCACCCCACUCAUUGAACACUCUGAGAAUUGUACAGCCAGUGAGGGACAAGAAAUACACCUGCUAUCUUACCCUCAAGCGAGUAAUGACAAUGAUCAAGUCAUUAUCCAGCAAGGCCCCCUUUCAUCAGAUCACGGUCUCUCAGAAAUGGUCUGUUCAAAUGACUUUACCCCUAGUCUCUCCACACAAGAUGUAGAGAUGACUGUUGAAGGGCAGAAUUUUGAGCCUGAAAACACAACUACUGAAAUGGACAAUGCUGUGGUGGAAGAUUCAAGUGAGGUGUGUGUAGUUCAAACUGUCCCAGUAUCAGAUACUCCAGAUGGACAGAUGGACACCUGUGCACAAGCUACAGCACCUUGUCUGGAGACCAGCACAGCUGUCUCAGACCAUAGAGGGGUGAGCAUUUCCCCAGCCACCAGUCUGAGUGACACACAAACGCUGCCAGAGGAAACGGAAGUGGGAGCAACGGCCAGUACGUCUUCUCUUGUCUCCCCAAUGGAAGAAUUAACAGAGGUUGUUGUACAGUCAACCAGUCAACACAGUAUUGAGGUACUCUCCUCCCCAGUUACCAUACACCUGCCAGAGGGUAGAGAGCAGAAUUGUCCUCCUCUAAAAGAGGUACCAGGAGUCACCUUACAAAAUACUACAGAACCCAAGCCCUGUGUUUCUUCUCAUGAAGGGACCAAAUAUCCACAGCCCUGUCCAACUCUGACAGAAACCCCAGUGCAGACCCAGCAGGAUGUUUAUCGUACCGUUAAUGUGACAACAACCGAGGCCAACCCAGAGGCUUCCCGGUCCACACACUCUUCGGGCAUCAUCGACCCAAAACUCCUCCUACUAAAGCGUGGGGACACCCCUCUCCUCAAACAUCCUCCCUCCUUAUUGUUGGGGGUAUCUAGGCAGCAGAGCAACAGCCUGACACAGGCUAGCGCUAGCAGCUCCAGCUGUGGCUCGGACACAGCACCUGUAUUAGAGUGCCUUCCAAAAGCUGUGUCAGCCGCAGUCUCUGUGCCUUUGCCGAAGCCUUUGCCUGUCAGCAGUCAUAGAGACCAGACCGAGCCCUCUGUCAAGAGAGAACCCACAGCAGCACCUCCUGCUACUCCCGCUACAAACACCCCAUCUCAGUCCCGUCUGCCCCCUCCCUCUACUCCCACACCCACACCAUGCAAAUCUGACAAAGAGGCCUUAACUUCGAUCAAAACAUCCACUGGCAAAGCAGUGACUGUGUCUCAAACCCUAAACCCGAACAUCACCAACGCAUCUUCCAAGCCCCUCUCUGCCCUCAAGUUGCCCUCAACAUCAGGCAAUGUGACGAGGAGUAAACUCUCCGGUUCCCCCAGUGAUGGGAGCCAGUCUGGACCACCCCCCGUCAUCCGGCCACGGCUAGCCGGUGUGAAGGGCCCAGGGCUCAGCAGCCCCAAGGAGGAGAGCAGUGAUGAGGAGGCUGACCUGGCAGUGGAGGCCCAGCCUGGCCGAAGGAGCAUGGUCAACCCCAGCCCAGCAGAGAGCAAGAUACGCCAGUGGAUAGCAGACAGGGUCACGCAAAGUUCGUCUCCCACCUCCUCCUCCAUUUCGUCCCCCUCUCCUGGCCUAUCAUCCCCCAGUGACUGGACUCCCAGCACUACUCCCCUCAUUCUCCGAGGUGCCCAGGGCAGGUUCCUCUCUCUGCCCUCUAUGGGCCCAGGUGGCUCCUCCCCAUCGGACCCGGUCACUCCCCAUCGACCCCGCAUGGAGCGUCACGCAGACAUGGCUGAACUGGCCAAACACGAAGCGGAGAUAGAAGGCAGGACCGUAGCGUUGAAGAGGGAAGGCUUCUGGUCUGUGAAGCGACUGACCCGCCUGACGGAGCCAGUCCGGCCCAAGGUGCACUGGGACUACCUGUGUGAGGAGAUGCAGUGGCUCUCGGCCGACUUUGCCCAGGAGAGGAGGUGGAAGAGAGGGGUCGCCAGGAAGGUGGUGCGGAUGGUGAUGCGACAUCACGAGGAGCUGAGGCAGAAGGAGGAGAAGGCCAAGAGGGACGAGCAUGCCAAAAUCAGACGAGUCGCCUCCAACAUAGCCAAGGAGGUCCGGGCCUUCUGGAGCAGUGUUGAGAAGGUGGUGCAGUACAAGCAGCAGUCCCGGUUAGAGGAGAAGAGGAAGAAGGCUCUGGACCUCCAGCUGGACUUCAUCGUGGGCCAGACAGAGAAAUACUCUGACCUUCUCAGUCAGGCCCUGGAAACGGCACCGGCUGGGAACAGUGAACCUACACCCUCACCACCCAAAAAAUCUCUUCCACUUGUUGUGGAUGAAGAUGACAGAGACUUUGAGCCUCCAUGUGGUGAGGAGGAGGAGGAUGAUGAGGAGACCAUCGAAGUGGAGGAGGAACAGGAUGGCAAUGACCCGGAGACCCAGAGGAGGGAGAUUGAGCUGCUGAGACAAGAGGGAACCAUGUCCCUGGCAGAGCUGCUCAGCACCCUCAAACGGCCCCUUUCACAGGACUCGGAAGAGGAGUGCUCAGACAAUUCGUCCACAACAGUGGACGUAGACGCAGAGUUCACAGCCAACGAAGAGAAUGCUGAAGACGAGGAGGACACCAUCGCAGCCCAAGAGGUGGUGGAGGGGGAAGCAGAUCACGCAGGCGAGCUGGAUGACUUGGCCAAAGAAGGCGACAUGACUGUGGAGGAGCUGCUGGAGAAGUACAAAGGAGCGUACGCCUCUGAUUUCGAGGAGCCCUCGGCGCCUGCCUCUCCUGCCAGCUCCGAGGAGUCUGAAAAUUCUGGAGACGAGGAAGAGGAGAGCGAGGAAGACGAAAGUGACGUGGAAAGCAACAUCACCUCCUCAGAUAAUGAGGACAGUGAAGAGGAAGAGGUCCGUGACAAUGAUGAAGAGGAUAGUGAUGAAGAUGAUGAGUGCGAUGAGGGGAUGGAGAUCCUGCUGAAGGAGGGGGACCACAGUCCCCCUCUCCCAACCGGCCCGCGGCCCAAGAAGGAGAUCAGCCACAUUGCUGCUACUGCAGAGAGCCUGCAACCCAAAGGCUACACCCUUGCCACAACCAAGGUCAAGACUCCCAUUCCGUUCUUGCUGGUGGGCCAGCUGCGUGAGUACCAGCACAUCGGCCUGGACUGGCUGGUCACCAUGUACGAGAAGAAGCUCAACGGCAUCCUGGCUGACGAGAUGGGCCUGGGGAAGACUAUCCAGACCAUCGCCCUGCUGGCUCACCUCGCCUGUGAAAAGGGUAACUGGGGGCCCCAUCUGAUUAUCGUGCCAACCAGUGUGAUGCUGAAUUGGGAGAUGGAGCUGAAGCGCUGGUGUCCUGGAUUCAAAAUCCUCACUUACUACGGCAGUCAGAAGGAGAGGAAACUCAAGAGACAGGGUUGGACCAAGCCCAACGCCUUCCACGUGUGCAUCACCUCCUACAAGCUGGUGCUGCAGGACCACCAGGCCUUCCGUCGCAAGUCCUGGCGCUACCUCAUCCUGGACGAGGCCCAGAACAUCAAGAACUUCAAGUCCCAGCGCUGGCAAAGCCUGCUCAACUUCAACAGUCAGAGGCGCCUGCUCUUGACGGGCACCCCACUGCAGAACAGCCUGAUGGAGCUGUGGUCCCUGAUGCACUUCCUCAUGCCCCACGUCUUCCAGUCACACCGAGAGUUCAAGGAGUGGUUCUCCAACCCCCUCACCGGCAUGAUCGAGGGCAGCCAGGAGUACAAUGAGGGUCUGGUCAAGAGGUUACAUAAGGUGCUUAGGCCGUUUCUGUUGAGGAGAAUCAAGGUGGAUGUGGAGAAGCAGAUGCCUAAGAAGUAUGAACAUGUGGUGCGCUGCCGUCUGUCCAAGAGACAGCGCUUCCUCUACGAUGACUUCAUGGCACAGGCCUCCACCCGGGAAACGCUGGCUAGCGGUCACUUCAUGUCUGUGAUCAACAUCUUGAUGCAGCUCCGUAAAGUGUGUAACCACCCCAACCUGUUUGACCCUCGGCCCAUCCACUCCCCCUUCAUCACCAAGCCCAUCGUCUUCCAUACAGCCUCCCUGGUACAGCGAGCCCUGGAGAUCUCCCCAUUCAAGCGCGGUGACCUGUCCAUGUUUGACCUGGUGGGUCUAGAGGGCAGCGUGUCCAGGUACCAGGCCGACGUGUUUCUGCCCCGCAGGAAGGUCAGCCGCCAGCUGAUCCAGGAGGUCAUGGAGUCCCCCGACCCCCCUCCCCGCCCCAAACCUGUCCGCAUGAAGGUCAACAGGAUGUUCCAGCCGUUACCUAAGGCUGAUGGUUGCACGGUGCUGGUGGUGAACAACCCUCUGCUCACCUGCCCUGUCACCCCUGCAGCUCAGGCCCCAAUGCCCCGUCUCAUCCAGGAUGUGACCCCAACGCCCACCCCUCCACCUCCAGUCCAACAAGUGUUGUGUUCAGUGGCACCCACUGCCCCUUCACGCCUGCCCAUGCACCCCAGCGGCCCCUUUGCGGUGGGCACUGUUGUGAGGUCUGGCUCCCCAAUGCCAGUCCUGGCUGUGCGCCCGCCCACCGUCUCCUGCAACCCCGCCACCCAUCCCACCCUUCCUCCGAGCAACGUCAUGACCCAACGGGUUCUGCUCAGCCCAGACAUGCAGGCCCGGCUUCCCUCUGGGGAGGUAGUGAGUAUCGCCCACCUGGCCUCGUUGGCUGGCCGUCCUGUGUCGUCGUGCCAGGGCAGUAAGCCUGUUACCUUCCAACUGCAGGGCAACAAGCUCACCCUGUCUGGAACCCAGCUCCACCAGGUCCCUGUGGCCCCUCCACGCCCAGUACAAGGUAACUUCAUGCAUCUGGUGACCAGCGGAGGGCAGCACCACCUCAUCAGCCAGCCAGCCCAGGUAGCAGUGUUCAGUUCUGCCACCCCCUCUCCAGCACCCUCGGAAAUCCAGCUGCCUCUCAACGCUUCUCAAGUGCCCUCCUCCAUGGUGACCAGCUCUGGGAUCGUGAAGAUAGUGGUACGCCAGUCAAGCAAGGAAGGAGGGGGUGUACCCACCCUGGCAGUGCCCCCUUCUCCCCGCGUAGCUACCCAGGCAUCACCCUCCAUACACCACCAUGCCAAUGCCAACAUUGCUGUGAGAACCCCCCCUGCACAUCGCCACCCCGGACCUGCCACUGCUCAAUACACCCUGGCCCCACCUAGAACCCCUACGUCAGUCACAAUUAGAACCGCUACCCAAGCCCCUCCUCGUAUUCCUACACCAGCCCCUCCUCGAACCCCUACCACAGCCCCCCCUCAAAUCCUUACACCAGCCCCUCCUCGAACCCCUACUCCUGCCCCCCCUCAAAUCCCUACCCCAGACCCCAGUCAGCCCCAGCCCCCUCGCCCAGUGCUGAAGAUUGAAACCAAGGUAGAAACCAGCACAGAACAGAAAGCUCGUCUGAAUUCUUUGUCGACGCGUGAGGAGAGCAGCGACACUAAAUCAGCCGUUCCUAAAUCAGGGUCCCAUGUUGGUGGAUUUGUCCCCCCUCGACCUCGGGCACAACCUCGCCCACAUCCUCGCUCCCCCUUCUACAUGUCAUGGCUGGCAGACAGCCGCAAGAAGCAGCGAGACAGCCGCCUGACCCAAAUCAUCCGGAUCAAUGACCUGCACUGCAGCGCCAAGCCCAUGUACGGCCAUGAGGUGCUGGACUUCCUCACCUUCCUCCCGGGCUCCUGCCCUGCUCCGGCCCCCAGGGCCCUGGGUCAGUGGGGCCGCUCAGGCCAUGCUGCCUGCUUGUUCGCCCAGUCCCACAGCACCAUGAACUACUGGGACCAGAGCCGCGCCCUGAGGGAGGCCAUCCACACCACUGAGGACAGGCUGCAGCUGCUCAAAGAUAUGAUAGAAAGGUUUACGUUUGUGAUCCCACCGGUGGAGGCUCCGACCAUCACCAUGCACAGCUGCCACCCCCCUCCGUCUCUGAGCCACAAGCAGGCCGUGUUCACCUCGCUGCUCUCCUCCCAGGUGGCCCCGCUCUCACACAGUCUGCACCGCAUCCAGUGCAACAUGAGGACCCACUUCCCUGACCUGAGGCUGAUCCAGUAUGACUGUGGUAAGCUGCAGACGCUCCACACUCUGCUGCGACGACUGAAGGAGGGCCAACACCGUGUGCUCAUUUUCACCCAGAUGACCCGCAUGCUGGACGUGCUGGAGCAGUUCCUUGGCUACCACGGGCACAUCUACCUCCGCCUGGACGGCAGCACCCGCGUCGAGCAGAGACAGUCCCUAAUGGAUCGCUUCAACGCGGACCGCCGCAUCUUCUGCUUCAUCCUGUCCACACGUAGCGGCGGCGUGGGGGUGAACCUGACGGGCGCCGACACGGUGGUGUUCUACGACAGUGACUGGAACCCCACCAUGGACGCCCAGGCCCAGGACCGCUGCCACCGCAUCGGACAGACCCGCGACGUCCACAUCUACAGGCUGAUCAGUGAGCGCACGGUGGAGGAAAACAUCCUGAAGAAGGCCAACCAGAAGAGGAUGCUGGGAGACAUGGCCAUCGAAGGAGGCAACUUCACCACCGCUUUCUUCAAACAGCAAACCAUCAGGGAACUAUUUGAAGUUACGGAGGGGGAGAAGAAGGAGGUGACCGUAGAGCUCUCUGUGCCCCAGCCUGAGGAAGAGGAGACGGGCAACAAACAGAGCACCACCAUCCUGGAGCAGGCCCUGUGUCGUGCUGAGGAUGAGGAGGACAUAGUGGCCGCUUCCCAAGCCAAAGCAGAGCAGGUAGCUGAACUGGCAGAGUUCAACGAGGCCAUCCCAUUGGACGAGGCUGGUGAAGGGAGGGACCCGGAAGAGGAGGAGCUCUCCAAGGCUGAGCAGGAGAUAGCGGCUCUUGUGGAGCAGCUAACUCCUAUAGAACGCUAUGCUAUGAACUUCCUGGAGGCUUCACUGGAGGAUGUGUGUAAGGAGGAAUUAAAGCAAGCCGAGGAGCAGGUGGAGGCUGCCAGGAAGGGGCUGGACCAGGCAAAGGAGGAGGGCCUGAAGCUGCAAGCAGGCUCCUCAGACAACGACGAAGAGGACUUCUCAUCACAGCCAGCAGAGGAGUCCUCGACGCCCGGGUCCGGCCGCCGCCCACGCAAACACAAAGAGAAAGGCGCCCCCUCCACCAGGACCAGUGGCAGGCUCCGAGGGACCACGGCCUCCCCACCGCCCACUUCGCCAGAUUCCGACACCCCAACCCCCACCAACAGAGAAGUGCCUGAAAGACUCCGCUCUGCUCUGAGAGGACGAGGGGGGACCAAAGACACCACCACCCCGGCCCGCACAGAGCACCCCAGGGCCCACACCACCCCAGCAAGGCUCGAGGAAUCUGCCAAACCUGCAGCGACAACCCCGGCCUCUCCUUCUAGAGACUCCAGCCUCAAAUCUGUGUCGGCAGCGCCACCUCUCCGGACCCAGUCCCACUCCAGCUCAGUGCCUUCCACUGCCACCAGUCCUCCAGCUGAGAAACCACUGACACUACCAGGGGAGUUAGACACCAAGUCACCCAGGAGGGAGCAGGGAGUGUGUGUCUCCUCGUGUCCGGUGGACCACCAGUCAUACUCUGCCCAGGCCAGGGAUUAUGACAGCAAGUCCCUAUCUCCCCCCUCGGUGUGCUCUCUCUCCCGGUCGCCACGCAAGCGCCAGUCAGCCGACGGGGAGGUCCUGCUAGGCCUUCCGGAACAUUCCCCGUCGGCCAAGGUCCUGCGGAGGCUCCCUGGUCGCCUGGUUACAGUGGUGGAGGACAAGGAGCCCAGGAAGAGGAGGAGAGGCAGCGGAACGGGAGGAGGCUCAUCAGAGGAGACGGAGCACGCAGAGUCGGGCCGAGGCUCAGACGAGCCAAGCAGAGAUGCUACACCCCAGACCCCUGACAAAAUCAACCAGACCCCCAAAGAGAAAGGGACUGCCUCAAAAUACUCCUCAAAGACCACCAACCUCCCAGAGGACCAAGAAUCCCCUUCAAGACACACCCAUCCUGCCAGAAGCUACCCCCCUUACUCCCCACCCUACCACUCCCCUGACAUGCCGGUGCUGAGGAACCUGCCAGUGCGGCGGCGGCUUGAGAGUGAGUCUCGCGUGGCGGCCCAGUUAGGAGAGCAGGGGCUGGGCCGAGGGAGGGGAGGGAACUACCACAGGAAAAUGGACACUCAGCCAGGAAAAGAAGGCAAUGCGUCCUCAGGCACUAAUGUUUCUAACUCCACCACACCGUUGAAACGAAAGAGGGGACGACCCCCCAAGACUCCCCUCAGGGUGGCGGAACCCCAGCCAGAGCAUGUAUCCCCUCCCCACCCUACCUCACCAAUUGAGGAGGGGAGCCCACCCCUCUCCCCAAAACGCAAGAGAGGUCGUCCCCGCAAGGACUCGACUACUGUAACGGAUGCUGUGGGUGCAGUGCAGAACUCAAACGCCCCCACUGCCAGCACCACCAGCCAAGCUGGUUCCCUGUCUGACACUGCUGCUGUUGACACAGAGCCACUACCCCUGUCUGCCCCCACUAAGCCUCAAACUGUGGCCUCCUCUGCUGUCUGCACCAGCCAAGCCUCUCCGUCUACCAAAGCUGAGGACUCCACCGCAACAUUAAAAGCAGACACUAAGACUGAGGUCCCUAUCACAACCCUAACUGCUAUCCUUGCGCCAAGCCCAGCUCAAGUCCUUACCACAACUGCUAUUCCUGCACCAAGCCGAACUCAAGUUCCCACCUCAAUUCCAAUCUCUGUCUCCACCUCAAGCGAUGUCCCUGUCUCAAGCUCACCCACCAUUUCCACCUCUGUUCCAAUUGCAAUCCCCUCCACAAGCUCACCCACAGUCCCCACCUUAAAGUCAACCUCUGUUCCUGCCGCAAGUUCGCCCACAGUUUCCACCCCAAGCUCACACACAGUAUCCACAUCGAGGAUGACCUUUGGUCCUGCCUCAAGGUCAACCUCUGGUCCCAUUCGAAUUCCAACUGCAGUCCUCACCUCAACCCUGGCCCAAUUCCUCACUUCAAGACCUAGAGUUGCCACUUCACCGCCAGUCUCCACUUCUCCAUCAAUCUCCACAACAACUACCACACAAAUCUUCACCCCUACCCACAACAAGAUUUCCACUCUUCCCCUCACCCAAAUCACUAUCCCUACUCCAGCUCGAGCCCAAAUCCCCAAAAUGUCCACCUCAGCCUCUACUCCAACCAGCACCCCCACACCAACAGUCACAAAUGUCAAACCAACCCCUACUCCGGUCCCUACCACAAUUGUCACAACCCAUCUACCAACACUUAGUAAACCAACCACAACCUCAAUCGCCGAUCUGACCACAAUUUCCACACCAGCCCCACCCAGAAUUGUCACCACCGUUACACCAGCCCCAACCACAGCCAUCACAGCAUCUCCUGCCACAACCUCCAUACCAACUUCUACCAAAAUCACCACCACAACCCCCACACCAGGCCCUACACCAACCAUCACAUCAACUGCUACACCAGACCCUACCACAACUGUCACAACCAUUAAACCAACCCACACACCAGUCCCUACCACGAUCAACACAACCUCUGCUCCAAUUCCCAACACCAUCCCCACAGCAGCCCCAACCAGAACUGUCACCACUGUUGCUGCAGCUACUACCACAACACCAACCUCCACCCCUUCCCAAGUACCCAACUCCACCACCACCAAAAUCCACACACAGAUAUCCCCCCCAAUCCCCACUCCAAGUUCAACACAAGUACUCCCCCUGGCCCAAAUUCCUAUUACAUCCAGCAUCUCUACAGCUGUGGCUGCCACUGAGAACCAGGCUUUGGAGCCUGCUCCAGUGGAGACUGCCCAUAACAGAGAUUCAGAGAAGAUAACAGACAUGGAGGUAGACACCCAGGAGGCUAAAGAGGACAAAAAGACUAAAGAGAUUAGUGACUCUCAACUGAAAAAUAGGAAAGUGGAGAAUUCUCAUGAAGCCAAAGACACUGUCUCUCCCACUCCCUCGCUUGCUGACCCAGAGGCCCCAGUGGCUCCUCGGCCAGAAGAAACUGAUAAACAGAAGGUAGAGGAGAGCGUCGGAGAUGACAGAGCCGCCAGCAAGAAGAGGCCUCUCAGUCGCCAGAGCAGUCAGGAGUCUGUGCGCUCCUCCUCUCCCUCCUCUGUGUGUUCCACAUCCACUCCCACACGGUCAGCCCAACACAAGAAGGGUGCAGAGAAGAGGGCACAUGCCAAGAGGAUGCGAGGGGAGGUUUGCUCUGACCCAGAAAAGGUGAAGACAGAGGAAGAUUUCACCAACACUACACAGAGGAAGCAGUCCAGGUCCUCCUCUUCAGACUCUGACACCUCUGAAACCAGGAAGGAGCGCCUCCUCACCCGCUCAGCCCAGAGCCGACAGGAGACCGAGGGGGAUGGAGAGAGCAACGGGCGGAUUGGAAGACCCGCCAGGAGCUCUGAACGUGUGGGCAGGACUGUGUCCAACAACACCAGUACUGGGGAGUCUGGCAGCCAGACAUCCUCUGUGAGAGUCACCCGGAAAUCGUCUGUUCCUCAGCCCACCCCAGAGAGAGAACCCCAGCCCAACAGUGUGCCCUCUAGCCCUACCCAGCCAGAGGUCCUAGGGAAGAGGUGUUCCGCCCUGAAUGCUGCAGCCAAACUCCUUGCCAUGCGAGGCAGGAUCGACACCCCUGGCAGCAGGAAAGACCCUGCGGCUAAGACUAGUGGGCAGAAUGCCACUUCUCCUGCUUCCUCUGACAAGAACCAGAAGUCCAAAUCUAAAAGUGCACCAGCCACUCCGCAAACCAACUGCAUCAACAAAGUAGGAAGCAGCAAGACCACAACCCCCACCCAGUCAAGCCACACCGCCGCACGCUCCACCCGCCAGUGCCCUGGUGCCCUCGUCCCAGCCCUGGAGACGAACAACAAGAGGGGGAGCAAAAAGAAGGAGAAGGAAAAGAAGAAGCCCUCAGAGGGAAAGGAGGAGGGUGAGCGGGAGACGCGCUCGUCCAGGGGCCACAGUGCAUGCAGCAGCACGAGUAGCGAUGGUGGCGGCAGCAGCCAGAGCAGCAGCAAUAGCCUCAGCUCCCAGAGCACCGGGCCCAGGCGCAACCUCUCACGAGCACCCUCCUCCGGCAGCGAACGUGAACGCAGCACCGAGAGGGGCAGGAGGCGCAGCCACAGGAAGGAAGGAGAGGGCCGGGGGAGGGAGACCCGGAAGGAAAGAAAGGAGAGGCACGCCCAGAAGCGGGAGAGGCUCUCCCAGGAAGGGAACGCCGGCUCGGGAGAGGGCACCCCGGACAGGGUGCUGCGCAGCGUGGCGGCUAUGGCAGCGGCUCAGGCCCGCACACCGGCCGCUAACACCCGCUCCUCCUCUGCCCAACACAACAAGACAUGAUGGGAGGACUAGAGAUAAAAAUAAAAAAAGCAGCGAGAAGGAGUGAGGGUUUCUGAGUGGAAUAAUAGAGGGGUAGGUGGUAACAGAGGGGAAAUGACCUCUAAAGCUGCUGCUUUGUCUACACUGACAGAGACCAGAGCAGAACUAUGAGUGUUGUGCAGGUCAGACCUCUCUCCCUCUUGGGCCCUCUCGUCCCACCCCACAUUAAAGCUGGUCUCUCCAGUUCAGCCAUCAUCCACUGGGGAAAGGCUCAGGGAUGCCAGACUGUUUGCAGAGAGAAAGGUGGCACCAUGGUAGUGCCAUUCCAGAGGUGUCAAUUCAUACGGACAGUGGCUUGACUGCACACCGGGGUCUUUGGUGCGAGUGAGUAAAUUGUUAGUUCACACUAUGUACUGUAAAACAUUUCAAAAGACUGGAAUACUAAGAGAUGGAUGUGUCCGAGAGAGGUUUAAAUUGUGCCCUAUAUAUAGAGUUUAUUCGCUGCCAGGGUUAUCGAAUCAAAAUAAGCUUUUGAGUGACAGUUGUAUCGUAAGUUGAAGGUUUUAGACAGUUGGGUUCUGGACAUUUUGUUAGCUCCUUCUGUUUGGUUCUAGUCGGUUGAUAAAUUAUGGAUAUUUUAUGGUUUCUUCCAGGGAAUUAGGAAGAGAGCAGAUCAGUAAAUGUGAUCUUUGCUGGAGUUAGUCUUUGCUUGGGCCUCCCUAUCUUGUAAUUUUCUGCCCAUCUUUUUAAAUCCAGCCUGCAUUUUUCAUUUGCACAUCAGACAUGUUGUCCUCAGCUUAAUUUGAGUGCAUCUUUGUGUAGUAUUUUUUGUGUGUGCAUACAUUUCAAUCAAAAUACUACUAUGUUCCUGGUACCUCACACAAUGCAUCUCUCAAGCUCUAAAUAUGUCUGUCUCUCUUGAGCUUAUGUAUCUUGAAGAUAGUACUUAUUGCUUACUGGCAAUGCAGAAACAGGAGCAGAACCUUAUUUAAUUCUCCUCACCUUUCCAAAGUCAGUCAGACAUUAUGGUCAACGUCAUGAAGUUUAUACUAAAAGGGUAUUGAAUCCAUGUGAAUAAAAUAAUUAGUGCCUAUUAGGCCGAGCUGGUGGACGGAGAUCCCAGUUUGCCUUGUAAAGUACAUGACGUUGGGGUGUGGAACUUACCGAGUUAAAAAAAAAAAAAAAAAAAAAAAAAACUUUCUGUAAAUCACAAGUGAAGCACCCUAUGCAUCAGUGCUACCAAAUUCUAUAUCAUUCUUUUUUACUGUCGUCAUUUCUUCAUUGCUCCUCUUUCAUGUAAGUACUUGGACAAAACAUGUGAAUAAAACACUGGUACAGUUCCAGAUGGCUCUAUAUAUUGUCAAUUUACUUUAAGCUAUUUUUGGGCAGGGUGCUGUUUGAGUGAAUGGGUGGGUGGAAUAUGGUCUUAUUUUAUUAUCUUGAUGUCUUUCAUUUGUUACAUUCCUUUGUUUCCUUGUAAUUCCACAUCAUUUUACUUGAAAGAUUAAAAGACAAUGAGUUGAAUAAAAAGACCAAAAAAUGA